AUGAAGCUCUUCACUACCUUCGCUACAGUCCUCGGUCUAGCUGGUCUAGUCCAGGCUCACAUGGAGAUGACUUAUCCUCCACCUUACAAGAGCAAGAAGAAUCCCUACGCCAACGGGGACAUUGACUACAGCAUGACUUCUCCUCUGUCACCGAGCGGAGCCAACUUUCCUUGCAAGGGAUACAAUUCUCUUUUCGGUACCGCAGCUGGUGCACCUACCGCUACCUGGACCGCUGGCAAAUCUUACAGUAUUGAGAUUCAAGGCGGCGCAGACCACGCUGGCGGAAGCUGUCAGGCCUCACUCUCUUUCAAUGGUGGACGCAACUGGGUCGCCAUCCAGUCCUGGAUCGGCAACUGUCCUGUUGCACCUUUAUCCACGUUUAAAUUCACUCUUCCUAUUGAUACGCCCGCAGGCAACGCUAUUUUUGCAUGGACGUGGUUCAACAAGAUCGGUAACCGCGAAAUGUACAUGAACUGCGCAACUAUCACCGUUAAAGCUCGCAGCGGCACCCCCAAGACACCUAUGAGUAAGCGCCCUGCCAUGUUCAUCGCCAACGUCGGGAACGGAUGCGGCACGAGGGAGGGCGUUGACCUUAUGUUUCCCAACCCCGGCCCCGACGUCUCUGUGGGCUCGAGCAACACUGGUCCGCCGGUCGGUCAGUGCCCAGCUGGUUCUGGAGUUGCUGUCCCACCUAAGCAGACUACUACUACUACUACUAAGCCCCCUACUAAGACCACCAAAGCACCCGGUGGCGUAUUUAUCACUGUCCCUACUCCUACUACCACCAAGAAGACCACUCUGAAGUCAACAACUCGCACAACAAAGACGACAGUCAUUCCUCCUGCGCCAACCAAGCCUGCACGCGGUCUGAUCACUCCUGGAACUCCGUGUACACCUGAGGGAUAUUGGAACUGCGUCAAAGCCGGUGACGCCUUCCAGCGAUGUGCUUCUGGUGUAUGGUCUGUCAGUAUGGCUGUCGCACCUGGUACAAGAUGUGUUCCGGGACAGAGUAUGGAAUUCACGAUUGAGUAUGCAUGA